AUGUCAACAAAGGAAGAAAAUAAUAAUGGUGAUGGUGAAAAUUAUGCUUGUAAUAUUAGCAACAAUGUUAAUUCAAUGUCAACAACCUCAGCAAAAUUACCAUUGGGAUUGCUCUCGCCAAAACUCAAAAAACCAAAAUUCAAAUUAGAAGAAAUUCAACAAACUAAUGUUAAAAUAAUAAUAGAUUUAUCAUUUGAUGAAUAUAUGAAUGACGCAGAAAUAAUUUCUUUAUCUUCUCAAUUGACAAGAUGUUAUUCAACAAAUAGAUCAACUAUAAAUCCAGUAGAUUUAAUAUUCACUUCGUUUAAUAAACGUAUCGAAGAAAGAUUUGUUUUGAGACUAAAAGAUUAUUUAAAUUGGAAAAACAUUUCAUUCCACUCUCAAUAUUAUUUAAAUUAUUUCAAUACUGAUAAUAACAAUAGAACCAAUAGUGAUGGUGGCGACGAUGGCGGUAAUGGUAAAUUGAUUUAUUUGACAGCAGAUUCUGAUAAUAUUAUCAACACAUUGGAUGAAAAUAAUAUUUAUAUUAUUGGAGGAAUUGUUGAUAAAAACAGACACAAGUCACUUUGUUAUAAUAAAGCUGUAGAAGAAGGAAUUGAAACUGCCAGAUUACCAAUCGAGAAUUUUAUCAAAUUAUCUUCAAGAAAAGUUCUUGCUAUAAAUCACGUAUUUGACAUACUUAUUAAAUGGUUGGAACAUAAAGAUUGGGAAAAAGCAUUCUUGGAAGUUAUCCCGCAAAGGAAAUUUAGUGAAGAAAAUACUUUUUUAAAGAUGACUCAAAGAACGGCCGCAAGAUCUGCUUCUGAAUUCAAACAAAUACUUCGAAAAUCAACACAUGAAAAGUCAAAGACAGCUGAAAAAACAUUAUCGUCACCAACUUCUCGAAAAAGAAAAUCAAACAGUGACAGCAAAUCAAAACCUAGUUUAAUGAAACAAAAAUUAAAAACUGUUACUGAUAAAAAUGAUGAUGAUGAGAUGUCAUCAAACAAUAAUUUAGAAUCAAAGAAAAGACAAUCAGAAAAAAUAAUAGUUCAAACGUAUAAUGUAAUGGAGGUUAAUAAAUUGUCUAAAGAAUUUCCUGAUGAGUAUUGGCAAUUUCAUGCUGAGAGUGGUUAUGGAAUGAUAAGUUCUAUUCUUGGUAUGGUUCUUUCACCUGAUGGUACAAUGCUUGCUACACUUAGUAUUUACGGAGUUGUUAAAAUAUGGGAUACCAUAGAUUUUAGAAUGCUUCAAAAAAUGAGAGAUGUGAAAGAAAAGAAUAUCGAUGAAUUUUAUGUUGGAAAGUUUACACCUAGCCAUACACAUUUGAUUGUUGGUGGAAAGUUAAAGGAUCGGUACAAAUGGGAUGAAGAAGAGCGUGAUAAUCCCGUAUUACCAGGUCCAUUAAAGAUUUUUGAUGUUAUCGCGGGAGAAUGUAUUGGUAAACUUGAGGGACAUGUUGAAGAAGUUUUAUCUAUUAAAAGUGUUAUAUUUAAAGGAGAAAAUUAUUAUAUAACUACAAGUCAAGAUGGUUAUUUUAUUAAAUGGAAGAUGGACGAUGAUUGGAUUACAUUAAAAGAAAAAAUACUUAUCGAAGAUGGUUAUAUAGUAUUUUAUAUUUCAUUUCUUCCAAAUACUGGUAAUAAAUAUUUUUUGGCUGCUAUAGAUGAUAUAAUUAAAUUAUAUGAUUUUGAAACUGGUCAGCUUUUACAAAAUUUUGAAGAAAGCCUUUAUUCACAAUAUUGUGAUUGUGUAAAAUUCAUAUAUCCAGUAGAACCAUUGGAGGAUAUAAAUGGCCAAGAUAAAAUUUUAUCUGGGAAUAGAUGUAAAUCACCACAGCCAUCAGAGUCUACUGCCACUCCUCUUCAAUAUGCAUAUUUUAUAACUAGAGGUGUUGAGACUAUAGUGUCUGAAUAUGCAAAAAUAGCUAGAAAUGGCGAAGAUUUUCUAUUAGAAAAAGUUAGAAUCUUUCAACAUGAUAGUUAUGUAUCUAAUUCUUGGUUUGUGAAAGUUUCGUCAAAUGGUCGGUAUCUUGCUGCACCAACAAUGAAAGGAGAAGUUUGUAUAUUUAAUCUAAGGACUGGAAAUAUUGUUGCAAUACUUGAUGAUCAUGAAA